UUCGAUCCUGCGCCUCGCCUUCCACUUUGCCUUUUCCCUUCCGCCCUCCCCUGUCCCCCUCCUCCGGCCCAGCCGAGCGAGAAAGCGAAGGGGGAAAAGGGGGCCGCGCCGCGCCGGCUUUCCUUCUCACCACCGCCACCACCACCCCGGAGAAGAUGGAGCUGUUCUGCGAGCUGCUGCUCACGGCGGCGGUCACCCUCAUCGCCGCCUUCCUGCUCGCCACGCUCUUCGCCGCCAAUGAUCCGCCGCGCCGGGCCGAUCGCGCCGCCGCCGCGAUCGCCGAGGAGGUGGUGGAGGAGGAGAGGAUCAUCGAGGUCGACGAGGUGAGGCGGGGCGAAGGGAGGGCGCUGGCGGAGGCGGAGGGGUGGGUCGAGGUGGAGAAGGCGCCGGCGGUGGCUGUCGAGGAGUUGCAGGAGCUGGAGUGCUUGCCCGAGGAGGAGGAGGUUCCCGUGAAGGCCGCUAGGGAGGUGCGCCUUGGUGCUCGAGUAGGGGAGGUGGAGGAGGGCGGUGACGGCGUGAAGCGGCGCGAUUUGAUCCCCGCGGCUGCUGUGACGGCGGUGGGUGCUGAGGCGAGCCCGCAGGUAUCGGGCGCAGAUGAGGCUGUGCCUAGGGAGGUUAUCGGUGUGGCGGGGUUGGAGGAAAGGAGCGUACAAGAUGUUGAAGUCAAGCAGCAUGAUCUGGGUGCUGAGGUUGCUCCCAUUGAAGUUCUCGAAGCAGGAUCGGAGAAGCGUGGAGUAGAAGUUGCUGAGGCGAGCCCGCAGGUUGUUGAAGUCGCGGAAGUCUUUCCCUUGGAAACAGAGGCUGUUCAAGUGGAACAGCACCAUCUGGUUGCCGAAGUUACUCCUGCCGAAGAUGUUCUUGACGCGGGACUGGCAGGGAAGAGUGUGCAACCUAUCCAAGCGAGGCCGGAUGAAUUGGACUCUGAGGCUGCUCCCGAAGAGAUUGAAACAGAGGCCGUUCAAGUGAAACAGCACCAUCUGGUUGCCGAAGUUACUCAUGCUGAAGAUGUUCUUGACGCCGGACUGACAGGGAAGAGUGUGCAACCUAUCCAAGCGAGGCCGGAUGAAUUGGACUCUGAGACUGCUCCUGAAGAGAUUCUUGACGUGGCAUUAGAGAAGAAGGAAGAGCAAGUAGUUGAAGUGAAGGAGCGUGAAUUGCCUGCCGAGGCUGCCGCACAACCAGUUCUCGAUGUGCCAUUGGCAGAGAAGGAAGAGCUUAAAGAUCAUCAUCCCGAUGAAGAAGCUGUCAACGUACGUGAGAAAGUGCAGAACAAGGAGGAAGCUAAAUGCGAGGCACAUCCAGUUGAUCAACAAGAAGAACUGGUUCCCAAAGAGGAGUCGGUGGCAAGGAAAACUGAUCAUGUGAAUGUUAGCCAUGAAGGCAGCUCUAGUGAUAAAGUGGUCACCGAGGUGCCCGUGGAGGCAGUGACAUUGCCAAGGCUGCCUGAGGGACACACUGAAUCAGACAUGGAUUUUGAGGAGUGGGAAGGGAUUGAGAGGACUGAAGUGGAGAAGAGGUUUGGUGCAGCUGCAGCAUUUGCUGCUAGUGGGGCUGGGGCGGCUGCCCUGUCAAAGCUCGAUACUGAUGUGCAGCUGCAGCUUCAAGGACUCCUCAAAGUUGCCAUUGACGGUCCCUGUUAUGACUCUACACAGCCACUUACACUGAGGCCUUCAUCUCGCGCAAAAUGGGUCGCUUGGCAAAAGUUAGGGAACAUGCAUCCUGAGAUUGCUAUGGAGAAAUACAUGAAUCUUUUAUCUGAAACAAUUCCAGGAUGGACGGGGAAUGAAACCUCGGACACAAAGAAACAUGACUUAACCAUGACUGCUACUAGUGUUCAAUGGAGCAAUCAAGGGAAUGAAGAUAGUACUAGCAUAGAUGAAGGAACUACCCCUAACCCAGAGAAAGGCCAGAGCUCUGGUAUCCCUGCUGCUGAAUGAAUGCAACGCUCAUCAAAUAUUCUUGCAUCAGCGAUUCCAGCCCAUUGCUGAGAUCUCUCAUGAUGCCUUCCUCAUAAGAUUAGAUUUGUACAGUUGUGGUGGUUGUGCUAAUACUAGUGCUAUGAUGAUGUUGGUUCGUGUAUAUAUAUGACUGUAUAUAUCUGUAACUGCUGCUGCUGCUGCUGCCGCCGCCGCCGGUAUAUUUGGCCAGUUGCAGACAUGUCAUCGGUUGUAGUCAAUAUUAACGUUACCCCUGGUAACUGGUAACUGGUAACUGGUAACUGGUAAUUAUAUUUGUUACCACGUAUUAGUAGUUUGGAACGAAGAAUCUAAGCGGUUCAGGUAAAGACUCUUAUCUCAUUCCGAA